UACAUAAGCUCGGCUGUUCACAGGCCAUGUGACACUGCUUCCUGCUUGACAGGUCAAAGUUCAGAGUGGAGCUCUGUGAUUGGUCGAUGACAAUCACUCUGAGUUUCAUCACCACGACAGUAAACGGUGAGUGACAGGUAAGCCGACCAAUCACAGACACUCUGACCUCUGCAACCAGCCAAACAGGUGAGGUCAUUGACACACGACUUAGGCUCCGCCCACACACACGACACAUGGUGUGAGAGUUUAAAACCCUGAACACACACACACACACGCAGAGAGACAGACACACACACUUACACACACACAAGCAGAGAGAGGACAGACACACACACAUACAGAGAGAGAGAGAGAGAGAGAGAGAGAGAGAGAGACAGAGAGGACAGACACACACAGGCAGAGAGAGGAUAGGCACAGACACAUACAGAGAGAGAGAGAGACAGAGAGGACAGACACACACACACAUGCAGAGAGAGAGAGAGAGACAGAGAGGACAGACACACACAGGCAGAGAGAGGAUAGGCACAGACACAUACAGAGAGAGAGAGAGACAGAGAGGACAGACACACACACACAUGCAGAGAGAGAGAGACAGAGAGGACAGACACACACAGGCAGAGAGAGGAUAGGCACAGACACUCACUAUCUCCCUCUCUCACACACACACACACACACAGACAGACACAGGGUUAGCAGCCAUAAUGAUGUCAGCGACUCACAGAACACUGACUCAGAAUCCUCUGGAGAAAAUCUGGGUCCCAUCAAUGAAAAAUAGAUUGAGCAAACGCAGAGGCUCGUCGGUGCCUCAGUUCACUAACUCACCCACCAUGAUCGUGAUGGUCGGUCUUCCAGCACGAGGGAAGACCUACAUCUCUAAGAAGCUGACCAGAUACCUGAACUGGAUCGGAGUCACAACCAAAGUGUUCAACGUGGGUCAGUAUCGCAGAGACGCGACACAAGUGUACAACAGCUAUGAGUUCUUCAGCCCCGACAACACGGAGGCCAUGAAGAUUCGCAAAGCGUGUGCACUCACCGCACUCAAAGACGUGUGUGAUUACUUCACCAAAGAGCGGGGACAGGUCGCGGUUUUCGAUGCGACCAACACGACCCCCGAUCGCAGAGAGGUCAUUCGCAAUUUUGCCAAAGAAAAUGGUUACAAGGUUUUCUUUGUGGAGUCGUUGUGUGACGAUCCAGAAAUCAUUGCUGAGAAUAUUAAACAAGUGAAGCUGAGUAGUCCAGACUACAUAGACUGCGACAAAGACGAGGCUGUGGACGACUUCCUGAAGAGGAUCGAAUGUUACAAGUUGACUUACGUCCCUCUGGACGACGACAACGACAGGCACCUGUCCUACAUUAAGAUCAUUAACGUGGGCAGUCGGUACCUGGUGAACCGGAUCCAGGACCACAUCCAGAGCAGAAUCGUCUACUACCUCAUGAACAUCCACGUCACGCCCAGAUCCAUCUACCUGUGUCGCCACGGAGAGAGCGAGCUCAACCUCGUGGGCCGAAUCGGAGGAGACUCUGGACUGUCCACACGUGGGGCCAAGUAUGCCAGCUCUCUGGGCUCAUACAUGCGUGGACAGAGCAUCAGAGACCUGAAGGUGUGGACGAGUCACAUGAAGAGAACCAUCCAGACUGCAGAGGCUCUGGGAGUCCAGUACGAACAGUGGAAGGCCCUCAAUGAGAUUGACGCUGGUGUGUGUGAGGAAAUGUCCUACGAGGAGAUCCAGGAGAAUUACCCAGAAGAGUUUGCUCUAAGGGACCAGGACAAAUAUCGUUACCGUUACCCCAAAGGAGAGUCUUACGAGGACCUGGUCCAGCGUCUGGAGCCCGUCAUCAUGGAGCUGGAGCGGCAGGAGAACGUCUUGGUCAUCUGUCACCAGGCUGUGAUGAGAUGUUUACUCGCCUACUUCCUGGACAAGAGUGCUGGUGAGCUUCCGUACCUGAAGUGUCCUCUGCACACAGUCCUGAAACUCACCCCAGUCGCCUAUGGUUGUAAAGUGGAGUCUGUUUUCCUCAACAUCGAAGCUGUGAAUACACACAGAGACAAACCAGGGAAUGUGGACGUGGACAGAGACACAGCGGAGGCUUUAGGGACGGUGCCCGAUCACAUCUAGAUGAGGAGGAGGCGGAGUCAGGUUCUAAUGAUCCAACCUGAUGGGAAAAGAGUGGCCUUUUAAAAAAAUAAUAAUAAUUCAUCAUCAUCACUGUUAUUGUUAUUAUAAUUAUUGUGGUGGUGGAAAGUUCCUUCUGUAGCAGCCUGUUUAAAUUGUAAAUGCACUUUAUGAUGCAGCGCACAAAAGUCCCACGCUGUGUGGCUAACAGUCAGUUAGCCUAGCAUAGCAUUAGAAAAUAAAUGAAAGUAGCCAGACUUUGUUUAAAGGCAAUAACAUUUUUAGCAGCUCAUCCAAAAACAGCCAGAGUUUGUGUAAACAUCCAAAAAAGAAAAACGUUUUGAACACGUCGUCUGUGGUUCAACCGUUUAAGUCGUGAAAGCGUGGUUUCAAUGGUUACUAGGGAGCUAUGACUCCGGCUACGACGUGUGGCUAACGCAAGGAAUGUAAAUUCUAAACUUUAUAGAAAAUAAUUAGAAUAUUUACUUAACAUCUGCUGAUAAGUUUAUGUCAUUGGGGUCCGCAAUUUAAAAUGUUUUAAUUUUUGUUUUUAUUUUCCACUUAAAAUGUUGUGAAUUACGAUUUUAAAUCGACUGUCCUGGAAAAACACCUUAGCCAAAAGCGCUAUCGGUAGCUAAGUCUGUACGACCACAAACUAGCUUUUUUGGUAAACUGACCACAGUUAGACUAAGCUAAACUAACUAGCUGUAAAUUUAGCACGUGAAUGUUUUAAUCCGUCUUGAACAUGAACUGAGCCGUAGAAGCGUUAGCGUAUUUGGUAUUUUAACUUUCCGAUACCAUGACGUGCCUCACGCAGAAAUUAGCAUCUGAGGGCAAAGGUCAAUAUUACAGUAUAUACAUAUAAUAUUUAGACUUCCUGUGUCGACAACAAAAUCUAAAAGUUUUCUGUUUUCUGUUCAACGUUGACGUCAAAUCAAAAACUAACACAGACGUCCUGGUUCUACCUGAAGUCUAAUAAGAAGUAAUAAUAUAUUGCAUAGCCACCAGGGGGCUACUACUUCUACGUCUCACUUGAGUUUUAAUAGAAAUUCACGAUCCGAUUUUCACCGGAAACCUGAUUUAUUUUUUUGCAAGCAUUAACCCGUCAAAAUAAAGUUCCACCAGGUUUGAGACUUUUUUUUUUUUUU